AUAUUAAUUACGUAUUAUGAAAAUAAAAAUCGAAAUAGUGAGGCAGGUUAUGACUGUUCAUGUGUUGUGUACAAAUGAAUUCCCCUUCCAAAGAGACGUUUCUUCGCAGUAAAGAAUGAGUGUGUCAUCAGAAUGAAUUGUGUCGUUGACGACAGUUCUGUAUCGGCUAUGGCCACGAAAGAAUAAAAUAAAGAAGUAAAAUAUUUUAAACGUGCUCACUUCGCAAUAAUUGAUAGAAAAGUGAAUGAAGAGCAAGAUGUAACCGAGUGUCAUAUAUGAUUUUCAAACUUUGUCGUAGAUUGGUGCUCCAUAAAGAUUGCUCUUUAUUUUUUACUAUUAUUUUUAUGAUAUCACUUCGUUAACUUAUUAGUGUGUUAAUUUCAUUAUUUGUUCGUUAUAAUUUCCUAUUCGUUCAAAAGGAAAUAAUUAUAUAUCAUAGAAAAGAUCGGGAAAAUUGUUAAAAAAACAUAAAACAUAACUAAUUUAUUAUAUAUUAUUUCUGGAAUUAAUAUUUUGUGUUUGCACAUAAUACAUUUGAAAAUAGAAUAUCAUGAUACGAUUGCUAUCAUCUAUUAGUUUUGAUGCAAACUGUUUUUUAAUGGUGGGCCCUUUUAGCGGUACCCUCUGGGGUGCCAUAUGUAUGUACGUAUAGCCAGACCUGAACCCAGUCAGCACCAAGCAGCGCGAUAUCCCAGCGGCCAUGUUGUUAUUCAAACGACUCGGAUGUAUUGAAUUCUCCCAACCAAAACUUUUCUGCGAAGAAGUAAUAUUUCGACAGGAUUUCUUUUGCAUAGUAUUCCCAGAAGUUUAAUCUAGGUCGGUACGGAGGCCGUUUUUGUAAAAGUGGGACGCGAAAAAUUUUCUUCUAUAAGAAAUGUUAGUUUUCAGUUCAUAAAAUUGUUUUGGACGAAAUUGCAAAAUCGGCCUCCGUACCGACCUAGAUUAAACUUCUGAGAGUAGUAUGCAAAAGAAAUUUUGUCGAAAUAUUACUUCUUCGCAGAGGAGUUUUGGUUGGGAGAAUGUGUGUUUUGUCGUAGCAUCCUAUUUACCGUCCUUGUCUCUCCUAACCAAAAACACAGUUAGUAGACAGAGAACAUUCGACGAACUUCACACCGCUCGAUCUAGUGAAUUUCAUUACGCUUAAAAAAGUUUUGAAUACAAUACUUCGAACUUAUUUUCAAUAUGUUUUUUACUAUCAACAAAACAUAAUAAUGGUCUAGUUUAAGAACUGUAUAAAAAAUAUGUUUUUUUUCAAUUCCAAAAUCGGGUUUUGUAUGGCUCCAAAGUAUUGUAUGAAGAAUAUCUCUGAAAAAAUCGGAACUAGAAUCCCAAUAUCUACUGUCGCCUUUUCUGUCUAAAACAAUUCAAGAUAAACAAGAUCGCUAGAACUUCCCAUUUCGUCGUCAUAAACUUUCAUUAGAUCUGACACAAAUGCUAGGUAGAAAUGAACUUACUGAAGUUAGUCGAGUUAUGCAAAACUAACCAUGUUCCCGUAUGUUUUCUUAUUGAACGAAUCAUAAUUGUAACACGUGCUUUUUUGCGGCAAGUGUAAAUCAGUAAGUGUAACUUUAGUUUAACAAUAAGUGUCUCAUUAUGGAAGAAAACAGGAAAUCUCGAGUUAUGCUUGAAGAAUAUGGUAUACCUAAUGCUUCUGAGUAUACCAAUUAUCAGUCACAAGACUGGAAUUUACAUAAUUUCAAAAAGGAAUUUAAAAUACAGGUUGUCAGAGAAUCUGAAGAUGAAAGGGAAUUGGAGUUUGAUUUAAUUGGUUAUCCGGUUGGUUUAGCCAAUGCUUUUCGUAGAGUACUUUUGAGUGAAGUACCAAGUAUGGCUAUAGAAAAAGUUUAUAUUGUAAAUAAUACAAGCUUACUUCAGGAUGAAGUUCUUGCACAUAGAUUGGGUCUAAUACCACUUCAAGCUGACCCGAGGUUAUUUGACUAUCCUUCAUCCACUGCUAAGGAUGAAGAUGAAGUUAGUGAUCAAGAUACACUGAGAUACGAACUCAAAGUAACAUGCACCUGGAACCCUCAAGCUCCCAAAGAUUCUCGAAGAAUAACUGAUAUGUAUAGGAACAGUAAUGUGUAUAGUAAAGAUAUCAAAUGGGUUCCAAUUGGGCGACAAGCAGAACUUUAUCCAAGAGGAACAGAGCAAUUGGGGGUUUUAGAAAAUGAUAUUUUAAUAUGUAAAAUGAGGCCAGGUCAAGAAAUUCAUGCUUUUAUGCAUGCAAUUAAAGGAAUUGGAAAAGAUCAUGCUAAAUUUUCUCCUGUAGCUACAGCAUCAUAUAGAUUAUUACCAGAUAUACAGUUAAUAAAGCCAGUUAGAGGAGAAAUGGCCGAUCGUUUAAAAAAUUGCUUCAGUAUUGGUGUUAUAGAAGUAAUUGAAAAUAAACCAGGUGAUCCAGAUUCCCGUGAAGCAAGGGUGAAAAACCCUCGUUAUGAUAGUUGUUCUAGAAAUGUAUUUCAACAUGAAGAUCUUAAAGGAUGUGUACAACUAAGUAGAGUACGAAAUCAUAUUAUUUUUACCAUUGAAUCUGUAGGAACAUUACCACCAGCCAUAUUAUUUACAGAAGGAGUUAAAAUUCUUAAAGGAAAAUGUAAAACAUUUUUAGAAGAACUUGAAAACUUUGGAUGUAAUUAAAAAUAUUUAAA